AUGCAGGCAUACGGACUUGAGCUGGACUAUGAUUCCGACGACUCUGGCUCUCUCAUCGUCGCCUACCCCGUCUCCCCUCCACAUCGAUCUCCGAAAACGAGACCAAGCGAGCCUGGACCGGGAAGAACAGGAUCAUACGAACGAACACGUCCGGUUGGAUGUUUGAACAACAAUGACAGUCGCAGUCGGGGCGCGAGGUUCUCUAAGAGCAAAAACUGUAAAUCGAUAGUCAAAACACCGCCUUCGACGCUCCCAAGUGAGAUCGAGGAGGCUAAGACGGCGCUUGCCACAAGAUCCGAUAUCGAGCAAUGGGCCAAGCUGUCGGAGAGUCCUAUCAAGCCAAGUAAGAGGGAGGAUACAGAGAGUGCGGAUCGUUCACCGAAACAUCCUACCAGACAUAUCACGGUAGUUGUUGUCGAGGGUGUUGAGUCGGAGGCUGAGGGGUAA